ACGGGGCUGGGCGGGGGGAGAGGCCGGGCCGGGCCGGGGCCGCUGUCGCGCUGCGGAGCGCGUCCUGCACCAGGCGGCGGAGUCAGAGCGAGCGCCCCGGCGGCACCGCGGGCUGCGGCGGCCGUGCCCGCACCGCCUUCCUCCUCCUCUCCUCCUCCUCGCCUCCUCCUCCGCCUCCCGCUGCUGCUGCCAGCCCGGCUCCGUUCGGCUCGGCGUCCCGCCCGGCCGCCCCGCCAGCGGCUCCCGCCCUCUUAUGGAUGGGAAAGCAGCACCCAACGGCGUGGCCACCAUCGAGGACAGGAUCUUGCGGAUCACGGGCUACUAUGGAUAUUACCCGGGCUACUCCAGCCAGAAAAAGAAGACAGAUGAGUGUGGUCAGAAGACCCUGAACAACCUGCACAACCCCUGCAAAAAGCCCCUUGGCUCUUGGCUCAUCCUCAGAGCAGCAUUUUGGAGGUUCCAGAGGUGAACAACUUCCGAUGAAGCAGUCCGGUCAACUGCACAUACACAAUUGUUUUACAGCUAAGUGAGCUGAGGUGCCUCACGAUCAUCUGUCAUCCAAUGCAAGCCAGGAGGCAACUGCCCCAGCAGACACAGAGGCAUGACUAGGCAGCUCUCCCCUCUAUCUGUUGCUGAAGAUUCUGCUGCUCCCAUUCUUGAGCUGCAGAAUCGAAGUCCCUCGGGAAUCUGUCGGCACAGCAGAGUCGAGAGGCAGAGCAGAUCAGGAGAAGAAGGAACGCAAACGCACACGGAGAGCAGCAGCCAAGAAGCUGAAGGACAGACGCGAUGCCAGUCUUGCACGUCCACGUUUCUCAAGCUUAUCUGGAGAUUUCUGAUCAUUUUGUCCGUCUCAUCCUCCUGGGUCGGGACCACGCAGUUUGUCAAAAUCACGUAUGAGACCUUUGACUGUCCUUUUUUCAUGACUUGGUUCUCAACAAACUGGAACAUUAUGGUUUUUCCCAUUUAUUAUUCUGGGCACCUUGCAACCGCGCAGGAAAAGCAGUCUCCGAUCAAGAAAUUCAGGGAAUGCAGUCGGAUUUUUGGUGAAGAUGGUCUGACGCUGAAACUCUUUCUUAAAAGGACUGCUCCCUUUUCUAUUCUGUGGACUUUGACUAACUACCUGUAUUUACUGGCUUUAAAGAAGCUGACAGCCACAGACGUCUCUGCCCUAUUCUGUUGUAACAAAGCUUUUGUCUUCUUGCUUUCUUGGAUUGUGCUGAAAGACAGGUUCAUGGGAGCAAGGAUAGUCGCAGCGAUAAUGGCAAUCACAGGAAUCGUAAUGAUGGCAUAUGCAGAUGGUUUCCAGGGUGAUUCAAUUAUCGGGGUAGCAUAUGCUGUUGGAUCAGCCUCUACAUCUGCACUGUAUAAGGUUUUGUUCAAAAUGUUUCUUGGAAGUGCAAACUUUGGGGAAGCUGCUCACUUUGUUUCCACUCUGGGCUUCUUCAAUUUAAUUUUCAUCUCCGUUACCCCGAUCAUACUGUAUUUUACGAAAGUGGAGUACUGGUCCCCCUUCUCUGCUGUGCCGUGGGGUUACCUGUGCGGAGUAGCCGGCCUCUGGUUAGCUUUCAACAUCCUGGUUAACGUUGGCGUAGUGCUGACCUACCCCAUUCUGAUCUCCAUCGGCACGGUGCUCAGCGUCCCUGGAAACGCAGCUGUCGACCUGUUGAAGCACAAAAUGAUCUUCAGCGUGGUGAGGUUGGGAGCCACCAUCAUCAUUUGCAUGGGGUUUCUGCUGAUGCUGCUCCCCGAGGAAUGGGAUGAAAUAACCCUGAGGUUCAUCAACAGCUUGAAGGAGAAGAAAAGCGAGGAUCAUGUCGACGACAUCACAGAGUCCAGCGUACACACGAGAAGCAGAAGUAGAGCUAAUGGGACAGUGUCUAUACCACUAGCUUAGGGCCGGUGGACUUCAGCUGCACGCAGAUGUAUAUUCUGUGAAUAUAGCUUAAAUUCCCUCACUACUUGUAUGCUUAAAACCGACAUUUACUCUGAACUGGAGCUGAACUGUAAGAUAAGAGAAAUACAUCUAUAAUAAAUGUUUACAUUUAUACACUUAUCAAGGAACAGGUGUAAAUAACUAUAAUAAAAAGUUUUGUAAUAAAAAA